UUCCUUUUCUGAAAAAGAAAGAGCUAGCAGUUCCACUUCCAGACCCAGAAGUGCUUAGACAGAGAGAAUAUGUAAAUUAGGGUUUCUAGAGCGAGAGAUAUGGAAGGAGGAAGCAGUCGCAAUAGUAGUAAUUUAGGGUUUCUGGAGUCUUCUUUAGCUGCUGCCCUAAUGAAUUCAGAAACCAGAACUACAAGUAGUAACAGUUAUAGUAAGCAGUUUCUUUCUCUACCUUUGAUCAACAAUAACUUACAAAGCCAUCCUCAUGAGACUACUGAUCAGGAGAUGGGCGUGAAAGCUAAGAUUAUCGCUCACCCCCUCUUCCCUCGCCUCUUGUCUGCCUAUGUCAAUUGCCAAAAGGUUGGGGCACCUCCUGAAGUGGUGGCUAGGUUAGAGCAGGUCUGCAGUGCUUAUAAUUCUGAGGCAGCAAAGAGGAGUAGCAUAAGAGGAGGAGGAGGAGGAGAUGAUCAUCCAGACCCUGCGCUGGACCAGUUCAUGGAGGCAUAUUGUGAGAUGCUGACCAAGUACGAGGAAGAGCUCACAAAACCCUUCAAAGAAGCCAUGCUUUUCCUCUCCAAUAUUGACUCCCAGCUCAAAGCUCUUACUUUUAACUCUAAUUCCUCUUCGGAGUCUGCUAGUACUAGUGGUGGCGAUUUUGUUGGACUAGGUAGAUCUCCAGAAGAGGCUAAUGCGAUCAAUGACAUGGAUCCUCAAGCUGAAGAUAGAGAACUCAAAGUUCAGCUUUUGCACAAAUACAGUGGAUAUUUGGGCACUCUGAAGCAGGAGUUUAUGAAGAAGAAAAAGAAUGGAAAAUUGCCAAAGGAAGCACGGCACCAGUUGUUUGACUGGUGGUGCAGACAUUACAAGUGGCCCUAUCCAUCGGAGGCUCAGAAGCUAGCAAUGGCAGAAUCAACUGGUUUGGAACUUAAACAGAUAAAUAAUUGGUUCAUCAACCAAAGGAAACGCCAUUGGAAACCUUCAGAAGACAUGCAAUUUGUUUUGAUGGAUCCAACUCUUCAUCAACACCAUCACUAUCCCAACUUCUGUAUGGACAAUGCAAUCCGCAAUCCCUUUUCCAUGGAUUGCACAUCUACUCUCCUUUGAUCAUCACAUUUCCAUGCUAAUUAUUACUAUCGAUCACAUAAGAUAAAGGGCUUCUGUAUGCAUAUGUAUUAUGUACGUAUUUUAAGACUUCGGUGUUAAUUUACAUAUCUAACUAGCUAACUUUUUAA